UCGAAACAAAAUAUGAUGGGAAAGUAAAUGUCCAUAAAAUUUGGUAAUCUAACUAAAAGUAGCUUUCUUUUUCUAUCUUUAAUUUGCCCCCUCUAAAUGCUAGUGGCUUUUUCCCUUUCUUUAGUGUCUCCUAACAUUGUAAAAAGGACACAUACCCCCUACUUUCAUGUUAGCAGCUUAGUGGGAAAAUUGUAGUAUGAGGAGAGGAAGGAGGAGGGAUCACCAUGGAUAAACCAAAUAAGCAAGAAAACCCAUCUCUCCUCACCAAUAGAGAUCAUGAUUCUCCCCCCAAGAAGCCUCCACCGGCCACCGUCGCCGGCGGUGGUGGAGAUAGAUUGAAAAGAGAUGAGUGGAGUGAAGGUGCGGUUUCAAGCCUACUAGAGGCUUAUGAAGCCAAGUGGGUGCUACGAAAUCGAGCCAAGCUAAAGGGUCAUGACUGGGAAGAUGUGGCUAAGCACGUGUCUUCACGCGCCAAUUCAAGCAAGUCGCCUAAAACACAAACGCAGUGUAAGAACAAGAUCGAGUCGAUGAAGAAACGGUACCGUUCCGAGUCCGCCACCACCGACGUAUCGUCGUGGCCGCUCUAUCCGCGGCUGGAUCUGUUGUUGCGCGGCAGCGCUGGUCCUCCUCUGGUCACGGUUGCUGCAUCUGCCGGCGAUCUGCCGUGUUCUUCGAUUCCGAUCGCUAGUAGUAAUCUUCCUCUGAUGGUGUUUGAACACACGCCACCACCACCGCCUCCUCCGCUUCCUUCGACGCUGAUUCACUCAUCAAGUACGCCGGUGACUGCCGCGGCACCGGCGCCGGGUUCGAAUCCGGUAAUUCAAGGAACUGGACAGAAUUCAAUCGAUUCUAAUGGCGUCGAUCGGGAGAACAAGGAAGAUGUGGAGGGUACGAAAAUUCCCGACCAUCAACUAUCCGAAAAAAUGGAGAUCGAGACCGACUGUAGUACCCCUGCACUCUAUAGCAACAAGGAAAAGAUACAGUCGAAAAAUCACAAGACAAGGAUGACAGACGGUAGAAAAAGACGAAGAAAAAGCGAAAACUGGGAUGUGGCCGAGAGCAUACGGUGGUUGGCGAAAGUAAUGGUGCGUUCGGAGCAAGCGAAAGCCGAGACGAUGCGAGAGUUGGAGAAAAUGCGAGCGGAUGCCGAAGUUAAGAGAGGUGAAAUCGAUCUGAAGAGAACUGAGAUAAUUGCACACACACAGUUAGAGAUCGCCAGGCUAUUGGCCGCCAGUCUGGGCAAAGGCGUCGACCCGUCUUUGAGGAUUGGAAGGAGUUGAAAGGGGUUUCAUUAAUUACACCGUUUAACCGUUUUACAUAUAUACUUUUACGUGAUAAUUAUUACAAGAAACACAAACAAAUCUAUACGUCUACCUCAAUGUAGAUGUAGAAACUUGUCAUUUAAUAUCGAUGGAGAUUUGUAUCUUAUAUUCGACCGUUGGGAUAACACUAUUUAAUAAAGUCAUCAAGUUAUUUGUCAGUAAA